ACCACGCGCGCCAUUUUCCUUCCGGACAGUCAACAACAGCAUAACAUUAUAGGACUCGGUCUGUUUCGCCGAAAUGGCAGUGUAAACGUGUGCAGCGACCUAGCAGCUACCAGCAAAACAGUGCAUCCAACCAGUGCACUGAGUCACUUCUAAUCCAGCAAAAUGUCGUCCUUUGUGGAAACCCUCAGCACUGCUGCAUUCGACAGCAUAAAAGAAUUUAAAGCUCUUCUUUCAUCGUCACGCAGUCCAUUUGUGACCAACAACAGCCACUAUGACCACGAUGAUGACAAGCUCACAGUUUGGCCUGGAAGACAUGGAGGCCCUUCUCUGGGGGCCUUCCUCUCCCAUGGCUGACAACAUGGGGUCCCUUUUCUACAACCCUGAUCAAGAACACCAGGAGGGAGAAGGAGCCUCAGCAGAGGGGGGUGGGUCCCCUGCGUCACCACUCACCUCCUCAUCACUGUCUUCCUCCUCAUCCCCUCCUCCCUUCUACUCCCCUCCUCCUUCUCCACCAGCUGUCUCUUUUCAUGAGGACAAAGCUGGGGAUGGAUCUGACCUGCCCCCCCUGCACUGGUUGGGCCACCCUGAUCAGCUGAGAAGUGAUCACUCAGUCUCAGAUGACAGGAAUGAGGAUGCAUUUGGUGACUUUGACUGGAUGACUGAGAAGAUGGAUCUGAAUGAGUUUGACCUGGAAUCACUGAUUGGCUCCUGCAGUCCCACCGAAGAGCCCUCUACAGAAGAUCUCGUGGCUUCGUUGAAUUGCCCCAUGGAGCUCGACUUGCCUGUGCCCACCCUCUCGUCUCCUGAGCUCCCAUGCCAUCCCUCAGCUCCUCCUCCUUCUACCUCUCCUACCACAGACUGCACUGUUUGUGAAAAUGCUUCAGUCAUUUCCAUAGCUGAUUCUGAGUCCUUGGUCGAUGAGCUACAUUCUCCUUCCUCACCAUUAUCUGUCCCAGAGCCUGAGCAAGAACUGGAGAUCAAGUCUGAACCUGCUUCCCCAGACCCAACUGCUCUUGUGAUUGAUUCGUCUUCCUCCCCUGUGUACACCCUGGACCUCGGCAGUGAAGUGGAUGUCUCUGCAAGUGAGGUAAAGCCAGUAUUGGCCACUGUUGUACCUCAGGUACAGAGGGUCGUUCUGUCCCUUUCACCAACUCGCAUUGUCCUAGUAUUGGCUCCCAGAAAUGAAAUGGGACUCACCACUACAACCAGCACCCCAACCACUGUUGCUUCAACAUCAGAGGUCAUCCGCUCAUCCCCUCCUACUACCCCUCCUAAAAGGUCAUCCAGAACCAGACCAUACCCUGAUCCAUACAAAGAUAGUCCAUCCUCCCCCUGUGAUAGCGAUGAUGAUGAUGAUGACAUCACUUCCCCCCAAGGAUCUGGAUGGGAUGAAAAGGUCUCUCUGAAGGCACCAAGAGACAAGAAAUCAAAGAAGAUGGAGCAGAAUAAGACGGCUGCCACUCGGUACCGGCAAAAGAAAAGGGCAGAGCAGGAAGCACUUCUUACAGAACACACCAUUCUGGAGAGGAAGAAUGUAGAGCUGAAGGAGAAGGCUGAGUCCAUGGCCAGGGAGAUCGAGUACCUCAAAGAGCUAAUGGAGGAGGUUCGCCUGGCCAGGGUCAAGAAGGGCCUCAGUCCUGACCUCUAGAGGUCGGGCCAGAAAGUGGCAGAUUAGGAAGUAUCCUGAAGUUUUAAGGGUUUAGGAAGUGGGGGGUAUUUCUGACUACAAAGAUGUAUUACAACAUGUAUUCUAUUACACAACAUGCAAAUAAGAAAAAUUCCCAUCUAAUCCAUAUUGGUAUUUCAUGUAGUUUUCUCAUGUUUUAGAGUAUUUGCAUAAAUUUAAAAAACAAAUAUUCAAUUAACUUUUGUGCUGUGUCUUGUAAUGUAUAUAUCAUAUUUUUUUUGCCAGUAAGUCUUCUUAUUAAAGUCUAAAGACAAGUGUAAUCACACUCCUGUAUUAUGCUCUUAAUAAAACUUUUUAAAGUCUA